GCAAACUCUCACAAAAAAAAUUUAGACUCAUACCUCGUUGCAACCGCUAAAGCAGCCGGCUUUUUCGUAAAAAAAUUAAAUAUAAGGGCUGGAUUCUUUGAGGAAAAGUCACAAUCUUUGGCUGGAAUUGACGGCGCCGGAAUAAAAAAGGGGAAAAAGAAACUAGAAAAGAGGCUUUUCAUUCCAAAACAAGCAAAGGUUAUUCUCAAGAACUCUGAAAACGCCUCCGGUCCAUCUUUUCAACGGCUUCAAUUUACUCCUCAGCUCCCAGAGGGACGGAUUCAGCCAGCUCGCGGUACAUCAUUGCAGAAAUAUUGAAGAAGUCCCAGAUCUGAAUCGCAAAACUCGAAACGCCAUUUUGCUUUUUAUGGAAAGCCUAGAAUUUGGUGUUCUCCAAUCGGUUGAUUGAAGAGGCUAGCGAAACAUCAAGAUGUUAUAAAGCUCUAUUCUCAUUAAUGUGCUAUAAUGGAUCCUCGUAAUCUUCCAUUUGAAGUUGGGCAACAGGUUGAGACAAGAUCUUUUUUGGCUGGUUAUCGUGGUGCAUGGUUUAGAUGCAAGAUUAAGGAAUUUAGUCGGAGGAACAAGGAACUGUAUCAGGCCUUGGAAUAUAUUGAUUAUCCAGAUGAAAAAAUACGCUGGACAAAGUUAUAUCAAAAGGGUAGUACUUCAAAGUAUGGGAAGCGAACACUGAUGGUGCGCCCUUCCUAUCCUUCUGUUUAUUGUGAAAGUCAAAUGCCUGAUAUGAAUACCAUCUCAGAGGUGGUUGUCAUUGUCAAUGAUGUCUGGAAGGUGGGUGAUUUGGUAGAUUGGUGGACUGAUAAUUGCUUUUGGUCUGGAAGGAUAACUGAAAAAUUGGGGGAAGAGAAGGUUAAGAUUGAGUUGCCACCUCCUCCUGUGGGUGAAGGGUCUUCAUAUGAGGUUUUUUGCAAGGACUUACGCCCAUCAUUGGAUUGGUCUGUGGAUGAGGGCUGGAAGUUGCUUAUUCCCAAGGAGAGGAAAUAUCAUCUUUGUUGUUCUCGGAUAGUCAAGCCUCUUAAUCAAGGGGGUUCCUCGAACCUGAUAGAUUACACUGUCACUGAGGGGAAAAAGGAUGUUCAACCAACAGCUGGAGCAACAAUUGAGCAUGAGGGUUAUUUAUCUUCUCAUAUUUCAACUGGUCCUUUACCUCUUUCAGACAAACCAGAGCACUUGGCGGUGAAAUCUUUGAUUGAAAAACAGUCAAAGAUAGGCCUCAAUAUAAUGGAUCAUGGCCCUAGAAAAAUCAGUUCCUCAGAUAGUGUUUCAAGUUUACAUGUUCAAGAUGCCUCAGCACAAAUGCCUGGCAAUGCAGUUCAAAUGGACAAAUAUGAUGACAGUGGAUCUUCAAAGGAGAUGAAAAUUGAUAAAAGCAUUUGCUUAAAUUCAAAAUCCUCUGAUACAAUAGAAGCUGCAAUUUUGGAUUUGGAGGAAUUUAUUUGUCGGAUUAAAUGGCUGAGGCGUAUCAUAGAAUUUGGGACACCAUUAUCGGAUGGUGUGAGGCCUUCUUGGAAGUUUGUAGAACACCUUGCAUUAUCUAAGCCAAAAUGAGUGCUUCUGCUGAAGGGAUAUAAUCACAGCUUGGGCCCUGUCUUGCCUGCGUAAUCCUACCUAUGUUGGUUGCCAUAUAGAAGAUUGGUGUAGGCAGUAGCAUUCAUAUCAGAAGGGGCUAACUGCAUUGGUUUUUUGCUGACAAAAAUUUCGUACCUUAGACGUCUCACAUUUUGCUCUAAAGUUUUUGCCAAGUUCUAUUUUUUGUUAAUCCUCUCUCCAUCCUGACAUCUGUCGGUCGAUAGAAUUGUAAAUACUGGGUUUUGACUACUAGGUACCCAGCAAAGAAGGUGAGUUUUACCUUCAUAGAUGCCUAAUAAGAAAAGGGUACCUUUUGCAAUGUUGAUAGUUGGUGAUCGUCAUGCAUGGAAAGUCUGAAGUUUUAGCUUAAGAUAUUUUCUGUAAUAAUAUUGUUUGCGUCUGCAUAAGCAGCUGGGAAAGAUGGUCAUCCUCAUGGGACAAGCAUCUGCACUUGGCAUGUCUCACAGCAAAGCCAUACAAGGACCGGCGUAGCGCGACAGUUGUCAUGUUAAGCAAACAGAAAAGAAAAUGCAGUCUUCAAUCUGUAGGAAUUGGGUGGAGAUGGCAGAAGCAAUGGCACAUCGACUCUCACUACCUAAUAAAGAGUUCAGUAGGUAUGUUUGGAGGGUUUCAAAUUACCAAGGCGUAAUACCCAGCAGCAAGAAUACCAUCUGGCUUUAUGAUAGGGCAGGAGUUGCGGUUCUGCCAUGCCUAAGCAACAUUUAAUUAUCCAACACGAAAAUUUGUUUAUUAGUUUAUUGAUGGAGACUUUCCAGGUUGUUUAAAGGGUUUCGGCAAUGAUUGAAAAAGAAACAGAAAAAGACAUACAAGAAACAUGGAAGAGAUUUAAUCAAUCAACUCCAAAGACGCUUAAGUUACUCCCCAAAAUGACAAGCUUCAAGGAUUGAGAAAUGGGUUCAUUGUUUGACUCUCAAAUCUUUGGUUAGGAGAGUGUGCCAUGGUUACUCAACCUAUACUCUUCUCUCUCGACACUGUCGACGAUGACAGCUUGAUGAACAAUUUUAUUCCUUAAUUAUUUUUUUGGGUUUUAGCAGUCGGAGGCAAAGCUCGAUGAUGUUUCGGGGCUGCCUUUUUGUGAUAAUUGAUAUGCUUUAAUAAUGUGUUUUCGGUAUUCACAAUGUGGCGUGACUGAUAGAUUAUGACCACUUUGAUAGGGAAAAGAUAGUAUAGUUUAUUACUA